UUUUCCUUUUUGGACCUUGGAAAAAUUUUUGAAAUUUUUGGGCUAUUUUUGUUUUCAAAAUCUGUUAAAAAUGUCAAUAUGUAAUCGCAGUUGUAGGGGGGUGCGUAACCUGCUGGAACAAGCCUGUAGUAUUGCAGUACGUAAGCAUUAUUCAAAGAAGCACGAUCCCACUCCUACUUGCCUUACCCUUGACAAGAAGAAGCAGGAGGAGACUGGGAAGUGCGAAGAUACCCAUCCGAAGCCGAGGUCCGUGAAGGAUAUACGCAAAACAUUUCCUUUCUACGAUCUCGUUAAAUUCCGGCGAGAUUGCUGUAAUGAAGCAUGCCAGGGUAGUUCCUUCCCCACAUUCGAUGAGUGCUUGUACAAAGAAUCUGAUAAGAACAAACGCAAGUAUCAGAUUACAUGGUCUGAGUGUCCAGCUGUGGCGAUUAUGCCCAAGAAGGUGUGCUGUUUUGAGAAAGCAAAGCCGGCCCCAAUUGUCCGGCGUCGCAAAGGCGACAAGCCGAACACCGCGUGCCCGCCACGCCCUUGCGAGAGAAAGGAUGAGGAAGAGUUAAAAUGCGAAAAGAUUAGGUUGCCAAGGUGCAAGGCUGUCCGUGAUCCACCUAAGUGCGACAUAGGCCGCACUCCAUCUGAUUGUAGAAAAAUCAAGGCACCAUAUCCAUCAUUCUCAGAGUGCUCGAGAGCCAAGGUGCGCUCUAAGCGUAGAACAGAAUGCAGUUGUGUGAAGUUCCCCAUACCCAUUUGUGAGGUGCACCGAGUACUGCAUAGAAGGCUUAUUACUGGAAACGUAAGCAUGAAUCCUUGCGACAGGAAGAAGUGAUCACAUAAAGGCAAAACAUAAAUAUUAAGUUAGAACUAAAACUAUUUUUUCAUGGACUA